AUGGCCACUAUCUUCAGAUUGCAAGAUGAUCACCUCAACGACCUUGUCUCAAUCAACAAAUUGACAACCGAGCAAUUGGAGGAGCUUUGCAAGUUAUCGGUCGAUUUUAUCAUCAGCGGAUCAGUGAAAAAAUCAAUUCAGCAAACAGCAGCAAGUUUGUCUUUGGACAAGGACGAAUCCGAAAAAACAAUCACUAGUUUGUCAUAUCUAUAUUCUGACUGUGCAAAAGCAAAUUUAGAUUCUAACAAAUUUCAAUUAACGAUUUUUGAUAUUCCAUCACUUUCUGACAUUCAUGCGAAUAUUUUACUGAAACACUACGAACAAAACUUUGAAAAAUUCCGUACCCUGUUCACAAAGGCAAAUAGCACUGAAUCUUGCUAUGGACUGAGUACAAUUCCACAAUAUAAGGACCUUGAGUGGAGAUUUGAAGUGGAAUGUGAUAGGCGAAGCGUUCGACAAUUGUUAGAACCCUACUUCACCCUCAAACUCAUCACUUCAACAACAACUGGAGAUGAGAAAAAUACUCAAGCUCAAUAUUUUAACUGCUCUCUUCAUGAAUUGAAACACAUGCACGAUGUAUUGGGAGAGGCACUUAAGGAAAUGAAAUCUCCACACACCAGAAGAAUUAAAUACUACAUUAAAUAA